UAUCUUCUUUAGGUCUAAAAUGCCCAGAUUUCAAGAUUGCUGGCGAUGUGGAAAUACGGUCGAAGUUGGUAUUAUCUGUGGCUUGUGUGGUAUUGCCAAAUACUGCGGCAUAAAAUGUCAAAAAAGUGACAUAUUUCGCCACGAAGCAGAAUGCAUCCCUGCGUCGAUCCUAAGAACAUGCGCGAUGUGUAGAAACAGUGGUCGAGAUCUUAAAGCGUGCACUGGAUGCUACGAAGUUUUCUACUGCAACGCAAAAUGCCAGAGUAACCAUUGGAAAAGACACAAAAUCGACUGUGAAGAAGUGGCAAAAUUACUGGAAAAAAUAAGUGGCGAAAUUCGGAGGAAAUUCAUCGUGAUGCCCGGUUUGUUUCCAUGCCCAUAUUACUAUUGGGGUAACGUACCAGCAUUUGAUUGCCUUAAUAUGAUCGAAAAUGAAGGCAAGUCAUAUGCAAUGGAAUUGAAUAUCUUGUAUCUCGGCGUCGGUGAUUUGAGGAACGUGGCACUGACUUGCGCUUAUCUUCCGGAUGCUUAUACAGAAACGGUUUCAUUUACUUUGAAUGAAAACAGCAGCUGCACACUGGCAAGACUGGCUCUUCUGCUCUACAUGUUGAUAAAAGGCGAUUCUGGCAUCGAAUGCAAUGUCACCGAAAUAUGGUACUCUAUACAGUUGAGCCGAUCGACUUAUGAAUUACUUCGGAAGACACUGCAGGAACUAAUCAACAUCCGGACUUCGCUAGAAUUACGGUAUGAAACUGGUGGUUUGUUGGCGAUUGAGGACACAAUGUUGAAGGAAGUUCAAAAUGUUUGGGCAACAUGGCUUUCGUUGAAGGUUGAGGGAGCUAAAUGGAUUCAAGAGCAGCGCAAAAAAUGGAUGACCACUGUCGAGUUUAUCGAGAGAAACAACACAUACGUUAACGAUGUACCGAAAGUUCACACAAAUUCGGCAAAGCAAUGGAUCAACGAUGGAGUUUUCAAACGCACCGACACGCCACUUUUCGCAGAAAAUCCAACCCUAACGGGCCCCGAUCAAAACUGCAGAACCAGAGAAUAUUCCUACAGCAUACUCCCAGAAGUGCUGCCAUUCAGCGGGUGGGACUAUGCUCAAGUAAAGAAAUUCAGCUACUCCGACUGUAUUGUCACUAUGUUCGGUAACUACAUUGAAUUCAUUCUAAGAGGUUUCAUGAGAAAGCUUUCGUCCAGACAAGUGAGAUUCUUAAUCGUGUUGUAUGACUGUGAGCAGAUCAACAGUAUUUUCGAUGUCGGAAUAGCCUUCGACCGCAUUCUGACGUCAAAUCUCAUGGAUUACAUAUUUUUACCUCGUUUGCUGGAACUGUGUUCUGGGCUGAUCAACCGCCAUAAUCAUCACGCCACAAUCGUGACCGAAACCAUGACGUGGACACGUUACAUCAUGACGGAGGCAGACAUAGAUAGCGACAAAUUCAAGCCGCAAUUGCAGAAGUUAAACAAAAUUUUACAAAAGGACGUCGGUCGGUCACUAAAAAACCCGUACUGCAUGAGAGACUAUUUAGAAAACUCUUUCGAGUUUCAUGUUUAUCUCCGUUCCUUGUUCUACACUCAAAGUCAAAUGAGCAAUCCGACGAGAAAAAGAGGAAAAGUCAUUCCACUCCUUAAUGAAUUGGGUAAGAAGAUGAAACUGAAACUUCGCGAUGGUAUUCGAAACGAAAACAGAAUUGUUUUCUUUCGACCAAUGACGUGUAGGCGAAAAGUGACGUACUUGGGAGGAAUGGAACGCAAUCUUGAAUGGGUACCAUUGAGAUAAACAAGUAGUGACGUAUUUAUGACAUGAUUUAUAAUGAGACCCAAAAGAACCUCACAAGGCCUACUUUAUGUAAGCAAAAACAUAAAAAAGCGCGAAUAAAAUGCUGUGUUUUCGUUGCAAUCUACGCUGCCUCGAUUUCCUUUGCCAUAUAUUUGUCACGUAAUUUGAAUAGUAUGCUUAUUAAGAGCGUCCUUAUUUUUGAAGACAUGAUCAUAAGAUCACAGCUUUCCAAAAA